AUGCCCAGAAUCAGACCCAGGAAGAUGAUCCAUGACAAGAUGUUGAGUUGGCAACUGGUAUCCUUGAUGAUGGCUCAUAGCCUCGAAAUGGCCGUCACAUUCGGCGGAUCUAUCGUUUGCUGCGGCGAGCUGGUUGCAUCCAGCCCCAAAAAAUCUCAUUCAAUUUCUGAGCCCCCUGCUCUUUUGCCUCUCGCUCCGCCGAUUCUGAGUGCUAUCAACCGGGGAAGCCCGUGCCUCAACGUUGAAAUUGAAUUCCAGGACCCGCAUACAGGCUCCCAUAGUGCUCCCGCACCUUACACACGCCUGCCUUUGACCGGCGACAAAUCGUUGAUGGUAACGCUACCUUCGGUGUUGGAUAGCAAAAAUCCCACUGCCUACAAUCUCUCAUGCUUCACGGGGAUUGGUCGACCGGUCAACUUAUCCUCAAUUGCAGUCGGCCCUUUCAUCCAAUGGAAACCGUCAGCCGGUAUGCCAGUCGCAUGCAACCAACGAGCCCUUCCCCACCCGUCCUGCACCAAAGAG